AUGGAGCAGCAGCGAGCAAGUCAUAGGGGGUCGGCACAUCAUCAGUGAGGAGCACUCACACUACUCCUCCAGCAAUUCGCUCACUGUAGCUGCUGGCUCUCCCUUCGACUGGACAGCGCCGCCAUUCGCAUACCCUUGAGGAGGCGGGGCAUGAAGUAAGAAAAGAGCAGCACCCCACAUCCCUACACAAUUUUCUGGGUCAACGGAUCAAUUUUCUGCCAUACACGCAUCGCACCGCGCGUCAGGGCUCCUCUGACCAUGUCUGACCUCUACAGCUCAGAGAUGAACAUGAGUGGCGCUCCUCUUCGUAUCAGUCUCAUCGCGGCAGUGACUCGAUCCAACGGACUGGGCUCAGGUGGAGGUCUACCUUGGACAUUGCCCAAAGAAAUGUCCCAUUUCAGACGAUGCACCACUGUUCUUCCUCCUCGCUCCUCCUCCUCCUCCCACGGUGCCAAUUUCACAUCUCCCUCCACCUCGCCUGCGAAGGAUCAGAGAAUGAAUGCGGUCAUUAUGGGUAGAAAUACUUGGGAAUCUAUACCUGAAAAGUUUAGACCUUUGAAAGGGAGAUGGAAUGUCGUGGUUAGUCGGAGCAUGGCUGCGUCACAACUAGGCGCGAGCGGGCAAAAAGGAUCGAAUGGUGGUCCGUGAGUUGUGCGAUGGCAGGUUUUGCUGUUCGCGGUUCAUGCCUAACAGGCUUCCUGCUCUGUCCAACCUCUGGGCAGCGCUCAAACAUUGCUGGCCAAUUCUCUCAAAGGCGCACUGGAUCACCUGUCCAAGCUCCAAUCCCUCCACCUCCUUGGACGAACAUUCAUGAUCGGCGGCGCUCAACUGUAUGCCCAAGCGAUGCUCACACUACCUCAACAUUCCUCCACCGCAUCCAACGACCACCAUGCCUCUCCCUUCGUUCUAGACACCCUCCUCAUCACCCGAUUAAAGUCGGAUCUGAACUGCGAUGUCCAUCUUCCAGAAUUCAGAUCAGACGAUCAGAUCCGAUUGGACGAGAAGGGGACAAGAGAUGAUUCGUCGACGGUCAUAUCCGACAGUGUUGGGCAACAAGAGUCGAAAAGUCGAGGUAGGUGGAAGAGGGCUACGCAUGAGCAGUUCAACGAGUGGUUAGGAGCAACGGAGAAGGAUCUCUUGCCUGCUGGAGCAGUCGAGGAGAAAGGGCUAGAAUACGAAUUGCAAAUGUGGUUGCCCGCAUAA